GUUAUUGGAGUAUUUUGAGUUUGAUCGCUUAGUUUGCUUAUUUUUCAUGAUCAAACAUUAACUUAUUAUAACUCGUAUUUCAAGAUUUUGAAAUAAAUGUAAAAAUGUGUGUAAAUUGCGAUAUAUAAAUAAAAUAACUACGAAUUAAUAAAUUAAAUAUAAGUAAACGCCAAGAUGGAAGUAUACAGAUAUUUUUCAAAUAAUGAUAUGCUAGAAAAGAAAUAAAGUAAAACAUGAACCAUAAUAAAAUUUUACGAUGCUUCCUUCUGAUUGGCUCGGCAUCGUUAGAGAAAAUUAACACACGCAAUCAAAAAAAUAAUUUUUGGGGUUAGCUCAAUUUGUGUAAACAACAGAAAAGAGGCGAAGUUAGAAGAGUGACUUUGCUUUCCUUCGUUACACAUCACAUUAAUGCUAGUUAUUGCUUCACAGGCUUUUUAAUGAAUUUUAUAUUACACUUGAAACCUGCAAAUGUUGCUUACAGUUUUCUUUGUCAUAUGAGGUCAUAUUUUCCAAAAUGGCCCUUUGAGGGAUACGCACACUGAAAGCGAUAGGUGGAAUAUCGACGUGUAUAAUAUGGCCAGGCGGUGCUGCGUAAAAAAUUGUCCAAAUACGGAUUUUGGAGUCUGUUUGUUCCAGUUUCCUACAGAUUUGGAUCUAUGCGAACAAUGGAUAAAGCAUACCAAAAACCUAGAAUUUUUAGACGAAUUCGCGUAUGGAGGAGCUCUAGCGUUUCUUAAACGAUUUAUUUGCCAAUUUCACUUUUCGGAAAACGAUUUUUUUAUUAAGGGUGACCCUACUAGCGGAUUGAAACCGAGCGCCGUACCCAAAACCAGACAGGGCCUGAGACCCAGAGUUGGACUUGGUGACAUAGAACUCAUUAUCUGUCCCAACCCUGGUGGUAUAAGCGAAAAUUCUACCGUCAGAAAUCUAAAGGAUCCGUUAGCUGAUCUACAGUUGCCCCAUUUAGAAAGUUUGGAAUCCGCUCAUAACAGAAAUGCCGCCCGGAUAUCCCAAAAGAUGAGGUCCAAGAGAAAGAGUGAACAGAAUAUGCUAAAGGCGCGCGAAAGGCAGGAAACAGAAAUUGAGAGUCAAAAGCCCACGCGAAGGUGCAAAAAUGGUGCCCAAGAAACUGAUGAGGAACGCGCUCGAAGACGCGAAAGAGACAAAAUGAAAAUGAGACUUUAUAGAUCAAAAGAAACCCCGGAGCAACGCGAGGAACGUCGACGAAAAGACAGGGAACGAGCUAGGCGGUACUAUACUUGUGUUCCGGGAAGUAGUGACGAGGAAGUUGCCAAAAAAAGGCAGCUGAAGGCUCUGGACAGUCGAAUUCGGCGGAGCAAGGAGACUGAAGAGCAGCGAGAAGAGAGGCGAAGAAAAGAUAGGGUACGGAAUGCCAACAAACGCAGAUUAGAAAAACUGUUUCAAAACGUAAAGGGCUCAAAAUCUGUGAUAAAAACUGAGGUUGAAAUAGUAAAACACGAAUUGGAAUCAUAGUCUGAGUAAAUGUCAAAGGUAAAAAAACGGUAGAAUAAAGUUGGUGUUGAUGACUAAAGAUUUUAUGAGCGUUCCUUUUUAACUUACUAUAAAACAGCGUUUUUGAACUCUAUUUAAUAACUUAAGAGUA